UAAAAAUUGAAUCUAUAUUAUUGGGGUAUUUGUGACAUGGAAACUGGAUUUUUAAAUUUUCAUGAUGAGGAACAUAUUUCAGAUUUCUCAUUAUCUUUGGAUCACCAACACAAUCUACUGGGUGAAUCACAAAGUUCAUUAGUAAGAAUGGUGGAUGAUUUUAAUUAUAUAGAAAGUAUAGGAUUUGAUACUGAUGGUACAUUGUGGGAAACUGAACAAGAACUCAAUGGUGAUCUUGCAAUAUUACCUGUUUCUGGAGUUGCUGGAGUUAUUCCAAAAAUGGAAAAUAUCAAGGAAGACUUUGCAAAAGUACUCACUGAUUGGCAAGAACAUAUUGGAUAUUUACAGGCUUCUGAAAUUGAAGAAGAUAUUGAUAUGGUCAAUUUAGAUAUUGGAAUAAAUUCAAACUUAGUAAAUAAUGUUCUUGACAAUACAAUAAAAUCUACUGAAAAAGUUACAAACAAUAUUUUAAUGUAUGAAGAACCUCCAAAACAUUCAAAUAACAUAAUUUGUAAUUCUAUUAAAUACAAUAUCAAUUGUUAUAAAACUGCUCCUAUGUCACUGCUAGACCAAAGUGAAAAAGAAAUAGAUGUUGUAGGAAUAGAUUCAGUUGAAGAUACAAAGUCCAUGAUUGAGUUUAUGGAUAGUAGAAGACAGCAUGAAACUAAUCAGUUUAUACGUAAUUCAAAAACUUUAGGUAUAAAUGGAAUAUCAAAUAAACCAAAAUCAAUUGAUAUCAUGGUAAAGGAGGGACCUUUAGACAUUAAGCAUGAUACUAUUUCGUCAACAUCUCCAAAAAAACCUGUAUUGGAAGCUGGUGAUGUCAAGAGCCUUUUAGAGCAAUUUGAAGCUACUGAAGCCACCUCCAUUUCUUCCCAUGUACUAAAAGCUACUUCUAAGCCAAUUGCUUCAAAAUUUUCCAUUAAUAAAUCCCAAGUAUCUGUUGUAGAAAAAUUCAUUGAUUCACAGAAUUUGAAAGAUAUACAGAAUUCUCUUCCCAAAGCACUUACUGAUAGGAUACAGAUUACAGAUAAUUUGCACACCAAUGGAUAUAUUGACGAAUUGGUUCAACUUGAUCACGAUUAUUGUAGUAAUUCCAAUUUACUGCUUAGUAAUUGCAGUGUUAGUUGUAACAAAAGGUCUGAAUUUAAAGAUGAAUAUAUUAAUAAACCAAGUGAAGAUGAACAGUUCAUUUUAAUUAAAGAAAAGUUAUGUAAUCAAAAUGAUUUAUGGAAGAAAAAUACUGGUGAACAUGCAAAAUAUGAUAAUCGUAAAGUUGCGGUUGCGGUUAGAACGAUAUGGAUGGAUACUAGUUCCAAAAAAAAUACCGACUUUGAAUUUAUUAAUAAUACAAAUAAAGAACAGCCGCUUUCAUCUAACUCUACAAAAUGUAUAUUGCAAGGGAUGACAACCAAAGAAUCAAGAAAAUUAAAUAAGACUUUAUCCCAAGUUAGUCUAUUAGACAAAAAUAAAAUAUUAAAUAAAACAAAUAUGACUUCAUCAAAGCCCAUUUACGAAAUGAAGAUUCAAUCAGCUUUAGCUACAAGAAUCCUUCAACUGCGAAAAGGUGUCCUUACUCAAACAAAAUCAGUAGAUACACCUAGACUUGUACAGAUGGUGUCAGUACUUAAAAAACCACCAGCACUAACUAUACCUCAAAAUAAAUUAAAAAGUAAUUUAAAAAAAUCAAUUGUUACAACAACAAAUAGCCUAAAUGACCAGGUACGAAAUAUAAUUAUUGAGGAUACAACAGAUGUUCAAUUGUUUAAAGAUGAGAAAAAACCAGUUCGUAAGAAAUUGAAUCUUGCAGAGUAUCGCAGUCGGCGUGAACAUCUUAGUGAUGGUAGCCGUACAAACUUUCUUGUACAACCCAUGAUUUUAGUAUAUAUUCAUCAUGCAUCAACAAAUACAGAACCUAUAAAUGAUAGUUUAGACAAUAUUGCAUUGUCUGAGAGAGAGAUUGUAUCAGUACUUAAGUUAAAGUCAGAAGUAGAAGAACAGAGAUUUAAACCAAAGCAACCUUCGAGAGAUAGAGGUAUACAAACCUCUGAGAUGGUUUUUAUUCUUUCUUUCGAAAAGAACGAAGAUGGAAAUCAAAACAGGAAACAUGAAUCAGAUAAACAAGAACAAAAGCAACCAAUAAGUAAGGGUAUAACUGACGAAAUUAAUGUUGAUAAAAUUACGCUAAUUAAAAAGGAAUUCAUUGCCAAUAUGUUGAAACAUGAGAAAAUAAAAAAUAUUCAAAUUAACAAUCAAAAAAUCUUAAAGGAUGAUAUUAAAAUACUAUCUAAAAUUAGAUUAGGAUACUUAACAAUUCAAUUAAUUUGCAGUAUAAAUUGCAUGCGAGACCAGAAACAUCAUACUUAUAGACGGACACAUAUUCGUUCAUGUUUCCGAAGUCGGAAUCAAAAUUCAAGUCGCGAUUAUACUAAUCAAAGCUUGCGUCGGACAGCGAGCCAGAAUCGUAGUUAUGCUUACAGUCGUAGUCAUAGUCGUAGUCAUAGUGGUAGUCGCAGUUGUAAUCGUAAUCACAGUCAUAAUUUCAAACGAAGUGGAACGAAGAAUGGUGAUGAAGAUUGCAAUGAUAUUCGAAGCAAAAGCAGGAGUACCGAUAUAUAUAUAAAUAGAUCGCGCGGUAGAAGUAAGUCUUGUGUAAGACAUCAUACAAGGCGACGAAGGAUCAGUCACAGACGCAGUUCCGUUAGCUCGACUAGCAGUUGGUCAUCACACUCCAGAUCGCGUUCGAGAUCAAUUACAAGAUCACGCUCAAGAUCUUCAAUGAGAUGUAGGUUUUUAUCAAGAUCGAUAUCAAGAUCGAUAUCAAUAUCGAGAUCAAGAUCGAGAUCGAGAUCGAGAUCAAGAAGCUCCAGUUCGAGAUCAAGGUCAUCUAGAUACUCCAAUAGCUCGAGAUCUCCAUUAUCAUUUUAUAGACGCUCAUAUGAUGAAUGGUGUAUUAAAGAAAAACAACGACAAGUAGAGGAGCGAAGAGUUAUUUACGUCGGUCGAUUGAAGGAUGAUAUUACCAAAACAGAGUUACGAAAAAGAUUUGAAACUUUCGGACCAGUUGUUAAUAUCAGUCUACACUUUCGGGAGCGAGGGCAUAACUAUGGAUUUGUAACGUUUGCGUAUAAAAACGAUGCUUACGAAGCAGUAGAGCAUGGCAAUGAUGAUCCAUCACUACCUAGAUAUGAUUUGUGUUUUGGUGGUCGCAGAGCAUUUUGUAAAGUAAAAUAUGCUGAUCUUGAUGGAGUGGCAAACAAUUCACUUGGAGGAAAUAAAGGUAGUAUGUUUAAGCCUGAAGAAGAAAAUACUUUCGACCUCUUACUAAAAGAAGCGCAGGCGAAAUUACGUAAAAGGAAAGUGUGACAUAUGCAUUAUUUAUUAAUUAUAAAUAUAAUUCACUUUUUUAUUUUAUUGUUGCCAUAGAGUUUUUUAUAAUUGAGAUUCUAUUGGCUAUAACCUAAAUGCAUCCUGCUUACAAGAAAACUCGCAAAUAUUUUUAAUUGAUAAAAAAAUGUAUAAAUACGUU